AUGGAGCGGUCGCCAUCCCCAGACGAUCGUCCACAGAGAGAUGAGAACAACAAAUUCCCCCUACUAGCUCAUAAGAGGUUCUUAUGGGUCUCCGUAUUUGUCGGAUUUUCUAUGCUCGAGUAUGGCUUCGACAAUGGUGAAAUAAACGGCUUCCAGGCUAUGACCGGCUUUCUACAAGUAUUUGGCUACAAAGAUCCCUCUGUGCACAGUGGUUGGAACAUCGCGGCUGGUCCCCAACAAAUUAUCUCGUCAUUCUUGCUUCUCGGCUCCUUCAUUUCAUCCUUACUGUCCGGUGUAUUCAGCCGCUAUCUCGGACGCCGUCACUGCGUGAUGCUCGGGAUGGUUGUCUUGGUUGUAGGAGUUACAAUACAGAUUGUGACAACCACCUUGGGCCUCCUUUACUUUGGCAGGUUGGUGACUGGUCUCGCCAACGGACUGAUCAUGAAUUUUACAUUCUUGUACGUUGCGGAAAUGUCCCCUGCACACUUGCGAGGCGUUGCCUAUGCUCUAGUGUCUGGGUGGGUGACGUUGGGCAGCGGUAUCGGAGCCGUCAUUAUCAAUAAGACAUCCACAAUAAUGAGCCGUCUCUCUUAUCAGAUUCCGCUGUAUACUCUCUAUUUCCUGCCUGCAGUCAUGCUCGUGGGCCUAUUCUUCCUUCCGGAAUCACCUCGCUGGCUCCUACUGCACGGAAAAACCGACGAUGCACUAAAAUCUCUCACUUGGAUUCGUGCAGACGCCUGCGAUCGGUUCGAGGUGCUCAAGGAAUUUGAGGAAAUGAGGAUCAACAUUGAGCAUGAAUUGAGCAGUGAUUCGAGGGCAGCCUUUUUCCAACAGUUCAGCAAGCGCCAUCGUCGCCGUACCAUGAUCAGUAUCUGUAUUGGUUUCAUGAAUCCAGCAGUCGGUGGAAUGUUUGUGGUGGCAUUCGGAACCUAUUUCAUGCAAACGGUUGGUGUUAAGGACCCCUUUAUGUGGAGCGUUGUAGGCCAGUGGGUUGGAUACUUCGGACAAGUCAUCUCAUACCCAUUCAUCGCGAUGCUUGGAAGAAGAACCAUGCUUCUCCUUGGAGUCGGUAUCUGCUGUGUGUCUUUGUUGAUUCUCGGCAUCCUAUUCCAAGUUCCCGCGAGCCAGUCUGCUCGCGCCGGUGGUGUGAUUUUCUUCAACACAUUCUACCACUUCGGUUUCAACUUCGGCGUCGUCAGUCUGGUCUACAUGGUAUCGGGUGAAAUUCCCGCGCAGAACCUGCGGGCAUGUACAACUGGCAUGUCUACUGGAAUUGGCUUUGUAUUUGCGUGGUUGACUGCAUUUACGGCCCCGUACUUCAUCAAUCCCGCUGAGCUCAACUGGGGUGGCAAUUACGGAUUUGUCUGGUUCUCCUCGAGUGUGAUGGCACUUGUUUUCAUUUAUUUCUUCGUCCCUGAAGUCCGGGGUAGGAGUCUUGAAGAGAUCGAGGAGAUGUUUGAUAAGAAUGUUCCAGCCCGGAAGUUCCAGAGCUAUAUCUGUGAGAGUGUAGAACGGGCGAACAGGGAGGCGGCUAAAGACUUGAACCACGAAGAAGCGAAGGAAGGACAGAUUGAGCAUAUCGAGAUAACUGCUCGCACUUGA